UUAUUAUGAUGAUCAGUUCUGCCGUAUCGUAGAUUCAAUGCAUUGCACGUGAAUUUCUCCUCAUAAAUUCGUAAAUGAUUUUCAUAAUAUUGUUUAUUAUAACAUUAUAAAAAAUGGGAAUUUUAGAAAAAAUAUCUGAAAUAGAAAAGGAAAUAGCACGAACUCAGAAAAACAAAGCAACUGAAUAUCAUUUGGGUUUGUUAAAGGCAAAACUAGCGAAAUAUCGUUCACAACUUUUAGAACCUUCAAAAAAAUCUGAAAAAGGCGAAGGUUUUGAUGUUUUAAAAUCUGGAGAUGCAAGAGUAGCAUUAAUAGGCUUUCCAUCUGUUGGAAAAUCAACAUUACUUAGUACAUUAACUCAUACGGAAUCCGAGACUGCAUCCUAUGAAUUUACCACUUUAACUUGUAUUCCUGGUGUUAUUGAUUAUAAUGGUGCGAAUAUACAACUUCUUGAUUUGCCUGGAAUUAUUGAAGGAGCUGCUCAAGGUAAAGGUCGAGGCAAGCAAGUAAUUGCAGUUGCAAGAACAGCAGAUUUAAUUUUAAUGAUGUUAGAUGCAACAAAACAAGAUGUGCAAAGACAAUUAUUAGAAAAGGAAUUGGAGUCUGUAGGUAUUAGAUUAAAUAAAAAAAAACCCAAUAUAUAUUUUAAAGUCAAAAAAGGUGGAGGCCUUUCCUUCAAUUCAACUUGUAUUUUAUCAAAAGUUGAUGAAAAAUUAGUUCAAAUGAUUUUACACGAAUAUAAAAUAUUCAAUGCUGAAGUUUUGUUUCGAGAAGACUGUACUCCUGAUGAACUCAUUGAUGUUAUUAAUGCCAAUCGUGUGUACUUACCAUGUCUCUAUGUUUAUAAUAAAAUAGAUCAAAUUUCGAUCGAAGAAGUCGAUAAAAUUGCGAGGCAACCAAAUAGUGUUGUGGCCAGUUGCAACAUGAAGCUGAAUUUAGAUUACUUGUUGGAAAUUCUUUGGGAAUAUUUGUCACUUAUACGAGUAUAUACAAAAAAACCAGGUCAACCACCAGAUUUUGACGAUGGCUUAAUUCUUCGUAAAGGUGUCACAGUUGAACAUGUUUGUCAUGGAAUUCAUCGAACAUUAACUGCACAAUUUAAAUACGCACUCGUUUGGGGUACUAGUACAAAAUACUCACCUCAAAGGGUGGGUCUACAACAUGUUAUGCACGAUGAAGACGUUAUUCAAAUUAUGAAAAAAUAGAGAAUCUAAUAUCUUGGUCAUUGAAACUACAAGGAUAUUAUAGAUGGGGAAAACUUCUAUUUUUGAAAUAAUAAAAACUGUCAGUAUUGGCUGAAAUUUUAAUAACAAAGAUAACGUUAUUUAUAAUUCCAUCUUGUAAAACUGGAUGAAAAGGAUAUUUUAAAAGUUCAUCUAUUUAUUAAACAUACCAGCGUUGAAUCUUAGUAUUCACAAGA